AUGGUUUAUGUUUCUGUCCAGCUUCAGAUGGCACUCCCCUAUGAUCCCAAUUUCCGAAUGGCGAUACAAAUCGGAGAGAUUAAGAUCGACAGAGACCUAGAGCACGAUUCAUCUGUCUCUGCGGCUAUCGUUGCGGUUGAUCUGAUAAGCUCAACACGGCUUGCACAUAAGCUGGACAGUGCGUACACUGAGUACUCAGCUCAGUAUCUGGUGGACAAUGCUCUUCCCAAGAGGAAAAACAGGCAGGGAGGAACGGAUCUUAAGCUCACUGUCAAAGACUGCCUUGAGUUUGCGUUGAAGAAAGGCAUACCAAAAGCAGAAGACUGGCCACAUUUGGGAUCUGUGUUGAAGCCCCCAUCAUCGUAUAAACCUGCUCUGGUUUCCAUGAAAGGAGAUGUGAUUGAGGCUAAGACUACGAAUGAAGCAUGGCACUUGUCGAAGGAUCAACCGGUGGCAGCAAAACUGCAUGUGUUCAGUCCACAGAUUGAUCUUGUUGGAGAAGGAGUUUACUGUGGCCCAUCAGGUGAGGAUUCUGGCUAUGUUGGACUUAGAGACUGCAUAAUAGUUCAAGAGGAUAAGAUAAUGGGAAAGGCCAUAGCUACAGUGAAGGUUUGGUAA